AUGGGUAUCUACAGUCCGUACGCCGUCGCCGAGUCCGAGCAGCCUCAGUGGAAGCCUGGCGAGAACUUGGCCGCGGCUGCAUUUGUCGGAAUGGCUCUGGUACUACUAUUGGAGCAUGAAGCUGGGGACAUUGGCAUGUGCGGUAGACGCUCUGGAGUCAUACUCAAGUACUUGGUACCAAAUUCGGCUCAUAUCUGGGGAUUGUACACUUUUCUUCUCCUUACUGGAUGGUCCAUCUACGCUCCUGCACAGUUGCUGGUUCUUUACUCCCGCCUCCACUUGGUCAACGAAAGCUACAGGCUACAACGUUGGGUUUUGAUCAUGAUCACUUCGACCAUAUUCCUUAUCAUUAUUCCCACCUGGAUUGUUGUCUGGCCUGCCUAUGAUCCCGAUCCAAAGACCUCUUCCCUCUGGUCCCCGCGAGACGCUAUCGUCGAGAGAUAUAACCAGAUAGGUUAUACUCUGGUAGAAUUGGUCCUGAGCGGGAUCUACGUGUGGUCCUUGCUGGGAUUACUGAACUUGAAAUCUAGUGUGCGACAACGUCGUGUCAUGCUGGAUCUUGUUUAUGUGAAUAUCAUUAUCGUGCUUUUUGAUAUUUUGGUGGUGAUUCUACUCUACCUCAACCAGGUAGGCAUCAGCCAUCCGAUACAGACUUUCAGCUACGCCCUGAAGUUGAAGCUCGAAUUUGUGGUACUGAACCAGCUUAUGGCUGUUGCUGCGCGUGGAUUGCAAAGGGAAUCUUUCGAAGAAAAAAGGUACCAUCAUUCGAGUGCUCAUGAUGCGUUUUCCGCAGAGUGCCGCCGGUGGGACGAAAAGGCACCCACUGAUCCACGAGAAAAGAAUAGCGAUAGUGAUCACGACGAUCAUCGAAAGUCUUUGUCGAUAGCUUCUGCCCAGAUUACUGUGCCUGAACCUGUGUUGUCGAGGGGCAACCAGUCGCCCAGACAGUCGACGACAGACAACAACUUAUAUGACCACAGCAACAUGAACGAGGACGUCUUUGGCGCUGAGCAGGAGUUUCGGCUGGAAAAUUUCCUCGAAGACGACAGCACUUCAAGUAAAGCCGGGGGGGUAGAGGAAAUCCGGACCCAUCCCAGCCAAGCCUUCUCAGGCGAAACACUGCGAACCCGUGAGAGUUCGACGCCCGAGGAAUCAAGCUCGCAUAUACAACCUCGGCGCUUAAGAGAUGCGAAGAACAAAGCUCUUCGAUCGAUGCACCAUCCGCUUGGACAUGACAAAGGCCAAGGCGCAGGCAACAGGAGGCAACCAAUGAGAGCAACAAUGAAGAGGCACAUGCCAAGGAGAGGAGAGAACAGUGAUGAAGAGGAGGAGGAAGAAAUCGGUGUACACAUGUGGGAGAAUCACGGGAAAUUAAAGAUGGAGACGCCGUGGUUUAAAUCCAUGGGGGAAGCAUAA